CCUCGCACCACUGAUGCACCCCCAUUUUAUCCAAGUCGUAGCCCGUGUCACAAAGUUCCUUCCGUCGCGAUGCCAUUCUCAACGUAUUCCCAGCAAACUGGGCAUGGGCAAGUAGUCUCCCUUUAGUUUACUGGUGCAAACCCACUUGACCUGAGUGUCAAUUACAUGGACCGGCAAUUCGGUGAACCCUUUGAUCACUGCACCGAGACAUCGCACUUGCCCGGCUGCUGGAUAUCUGUACAACGUCACGGCGCCACAAAGACAAAGGAAAGGUGGUGGCGGGCAAGGGAGACCAACAUACAGCUAGGUGUCCUCAGAGACAACAAGGUGCCCAACCAAAAUCCGAGACGGGAAAACCAACCAACGAACCAAAUGAAAUGACACGACGCAACCGCUUCGCGACCAGGUCGCCGCAGCCAACAAUUACGGCGGGGACCAAGUCUCUGCGACCAACAACAAUGUCUGCUCUACCAACCCUCCUCAGCCUCCUCUUCGCUGCCGUCGUGCUCUUCGUCGCCCCAUCCCUCGCCUACCAACCUCUCUCCGACACCCAACUCAAAGCCAUCCCCUCUCCCCUCAAUUCCGACUUCGACAUCAAAACCGGCGCGCUGCUCGCCCCGAUCCUGAUCCCUCGCGUCCCCGGCACUCCAGGACAGGCCAAAGUCCAGAAACACUUUGUCGACUUCUUCUCGCGCGAACUGCCCGAAUGGGACAUUUCGUGGCAGAACUCAACAGCCACCACUCCCCUCUCAGGGAAGAAACAAAUCCCUUUUCAGAACCUGAUCUUCCGACGGGAACCACCAUGGACGAAGGAGCGAGGGCCGGGCAGGGCGGCGCUGUUGACGCUGGUGGCGCAUUAUGAUUCCAAAAUCAGUCCCGAAGGGUUCAUCGGGGCGACGGACAGCGCGGCGCCUUGUGCGGUGUUGAUGCAUGUCGCUAGGACGGUGGAGGGGUAUUUGAAGAAGGUUUAUGAGGAAGGGGUUUCUGGGGGACUAGGGAAGGAGGGGCGGGAGGACCCAAAGAGGGAAGUGGGGGUGCAGAUAUUGUUGCUGGAUGGCGAGGAAGCAUUUAAAGAGUGGACGGAUACGGAUUCGCUUUAUGGUGCUAGAUCCCUCUCCGAGGAAUGGGAAAAUACACCCUACCCGGCCCUGUCGCGCUUCGCCAACCCUAUCCGGCAAAUCGACCUCUUCGUCCUGCUCGACCUCCUCGGCUCCGCCGACCCGGGCGUGCCCUCGUACUUCCAAACCACCCACUGGGCGUACAAGAACAUGGCUACGGUCGAGUCGCGCAUGCGCGCCCUUGGACUCUUGGAAAGCAAACCCAAGGACCCGUUUCUGCCCGAAGCCGGCAAGCUCAAGGAGCAUUUUGGCAGGGCCUACGUGGGCGAUGAUCACCAACCGUUCAUGGCUAAAGGAGCGCCGGUGCUGCAUAUGAUCCCGACCCCGUUUCCGCAUGUGUGGCAUAAGAUCGAGGAUGAUGGGGAGCAUCUGGAUUUGCCUACGGUCAGGGAUUGGGCGAGGAUUGUGACGGCUUUUACUAUCGAGUAUUUGGAGGCUACGACAGCAGAGGCUGGGGCUGUUGGAGGUGGGAAAGAGGGAAAAGGGGAGGAUGCUGCUGCUGCUGCAAAGCAGGGGACUAGUGAUGGGGAGGAGAAGGCUGGUGAGGGUGCUGGGAAAGGGCCUUGAUCGAUAUCUUGUCUCAUGGUCUUGUUGCUCACUAGUAGGCUUAUAAGAAGCUGUCAGUAUACAUGGUUCAGGUAAGCAGCUGUGUAAGAACUAGUUGUGGAUGAAAGUGCAGUGCUGUCACGGUACACUCUUAAAUCUAAGUUUAGAUGCUCCUUUGUGGUCUGAUCUACACUACAACUUACAAGAUGUAAUCGAAUGGGAUGGUGGAGCGAUGGAAGCACGACUUCGGGACUGAAUCUCGACGCAAAGUAUGCCUCCGGUUUGCAAGUAGCGUUCGAGGUCGAACGG